AUGGCAUGCUAUAUAAUUGUGUGUUUCUUGUUUUUUUCUUUAUCCAGAGGUGCUUUUUCAGAGGUUGUGGUAGCAGAGGAUAGAAAGAGUGGAGAGUACAGAGCUAUAAAAUGCAUUGAGAAGAAGAAAAUCAAAGGAAAAGAGGACACACUGGAGAAUGAAAUUGCAAUCUUAAAGCAAAUAGAUCAUCCAAACAUAGUGGCACUAUUGGACAUAUUUGAAGACAAGUUGCAUGUAUAUUUAGUUAUUGAAUUAGUAUCAGGUGGAGAACUAUUUGAUAGGAUUGUGGCCAAAGGUAAUUACACAGAAAAAGAUGCCAGUGAGAUAGUCAGACAGAUACUUGAAGCUACAACAUACAUCCAUAGCAAAGGAAUUGUACAUAGAGACCUUAAGCCAGAGAAUCUACUAUUCUAUAGUCCUGAUGAAGAUUCAAAAAUCAUGAUCAGUGAUUUUGGGUUGUCAAAGUUUGAGAGUCAGGAGGGUAUGUCAACAGCCUGCGGCACGCCCGGUUACGUAGCACCAGAAGUUCUGAGGCGGAAGAAUUAUGGGAAGGGUAUUGACAUCUGGUCAAUAGGUGUUAUCACAUACAUUCUAUUAUGCGGUUAUCCUCCAUUUUAUGAUGAUAACGACGCCGCGCUCUUUCAGCAAAUCAUGAAAGGGGAGUAUGAAUUCGACUCUCCAUAUUGGGAUGAUAUCUCAGACUCAGCUAAGGAUUUUAUCGGGCAUUUAAUGGCUUUGGAUCCAGAUGAUAGAUAUACAAGUGAAGAUGCCAUUAGACAUCCCUGGAUUUCAGGAAAUGCAGCUCUUACUAAGAAUAUCCAUUCAGUAGUCAGUGAGAACAUCAAGAAAAACUUUGCAAAGACAAAAUGGAAGCAAGCCUUCAAUGCCACAGCAGUGGUCAGACACAUGAGGAAGCUAGGGCUAGGUGACGUGAAGGCACAAUUACAAAAGAAGGAAGAAGAGAACAGCAGGUUGGAGGAGAGCAACAACCAAGAAGCCUCUUCAGAUAGUUAGCUAUAUCAUCGCUAUGGCAACCCAUCUCAUACCCUCCAAACCCCCUCCAUAGCAUCCUGUUUGAUCCUUGCAGCUCAAUCCACCCUGGAACCACAGUCCUCCAGAAUAGUCCUCCCUGCAUACAGCCUACUCAAGACUCUUGAGAGAGCUUUGUCCCGUCCUGGAUAAAAUGUGAACUGAGAUUGUGUAAAGCCACUUCCUGUUGCAUUGAGCUGUCUGGAUCCAACCUUCCAAAAUAGCUGUCUGAAUUAGCAUGUGUGCUAGCAUUAUGCAGCCUUCAACCAGCAAGCACUUAACUAUUUUUACCAUCUAAGAUGAGACAAAGGGAACAUAUCAAUUGGAAUCCCCAUCAUGGUGUUGUUGUUACCCUUUUCCCGAAAGGGUUUCUAAUAAAAAAAAAUCUGAUUUGGAACAUUCAACCAUUUAUUUUACAAGAAUAGAUUUCAUUUGUAGAGGAAGUUUUCCCGACAAUAAAUUUGUGAUAAAAAAAGGGAAAAAUUAUAGAAAAUAUAUUGGUAGAGGUUUGACAAAAAUCAAUUACAGAAUAAGAGGGUUAGGAUUUUAAUUUUUUUCAGUUUGUGAUUUCUUAUGCGGGUAAGCAGCUGCCUAUCAUGGCAUGUAAUAAUUACAUUUAUUCUUAUUUUUAAUGGUUUAUGAAGACCGAGAAUAGAACUAGAUAUGAAAUUACAUCUCUGAUGAUAUAAUGAAUACACAAAUAAAAUCAAUUUUAAUUUUCUGAGAAAAUUGCAUUUCAUGGAAUUUAUAUCACAUGACACAAGGGGGGGGGGGGAGAUGCUUGCAUGCUUGUGACAUCACAAAAUCAAAACUUUAAAAAUCCAUAACUCUGUUAUAUGAUUUGAUGGAUUUUGGCAAAGUUUAACCAAGAUUUUGUUUUUAAUCCAAACCAACGUAGCUCAUGGUAAACUUCCUUCAAUGAUUCAUAAUGGUUAAUAGGGAAAGAUACAAUUUUUGAAAGAAAACAAAAGCCCAACUCUCUGUACAUUAAACUGUUAUGUAUUACCAAUCAAAAACAUACAGCUGAUGUUAAGUGAAGGAUGGUCAAUUUGAGCCAUGCUUAUGAAGCAAAGUAUAUACAUUGUUCUGUGAGAAUGCACUUAACAAUUGAGAUGUCAUUUCAAAUGGCAUUUUCAUAAGGCAAAGGAGGUGAAAUGUUAGCUUAUGAGCAAAAUAAGUUCAUACCUGUUAUAAUCUGAUCUACAAAUCAAACAGUGCUUGAUGUCUUUUGUUAUAUUUUCUUUCCAUUAUACUAUAAAUAUAGUGAAAAGUAGUUGAUUAUGGAAUUUGGAUGGAUUUUCAUGAAAAUGGCCGUUGUAUUCUUAUCUCUCCCUUAAUUUUCACAUAAACAACACCCUCUGUCACAAAUAAUGUAUGCUGUUAUUUCAUUUUAGUCCCAGAGCAGUUAUGUCCAGGUUAUAUGUAUCUCUUCUUGUAAAUAUUGUGUUGAAUAUAACUUUUGGGGAAUGGAUUUUCAAGAUUGGAAUGACAAAUGUUUAGAAAGUUUUAAAAGUGAAGGUCCCUUUUUCUAUGUCACACUUGUCGCUUUUUCAUGUCUCAGACUAUUCAGUAGUCAUAUAGGCUUUCAAUUGAUUUUGCAUUGCAUACUUUAGCAUAUUAGAAUUUUUCUUCCUGACUUAUGCAUAUUUUUUUGUUUUUGAAUGAUUAUUGUUGGUCUAUUCAUUCCAGUCAACCAUUUGAAAGAAAGAACCUAUCAGGAUUUUACCUGGUAGUUUUUUUUUCUGUCCGUGCUGUUUGUAGAGCAGCAUUGCAUAUAGAACAAAGUAACCUCUUAUCUUUCUGUCUUUAUCUCUCUCUCUCUCUCUUGUGCUCCACUUAGUGAGUCUCUUUAUCCAGACUACAGAAUCCUUUUCUCACCAAAUCAUUGUAUUCUUCUCUUAGGCUUUGUAGUUAACACCAGAGGUAUGUGCAAAAUGAGUGCCUUGCGGCGAGUGUUUUUGUGAUUAUAAUUAACUUUUUAAAGUGUCAGUAUUACAGAACAAGUAAAGAGGAAAUGAAUUUAUUCUUGAUUUUUUUUUCUUCAAGUACUCUCUUGUUUCCUCUAUUGAAGAAAUGACACUUUGACUUAUAUUUGUAGAUACUAUUGCAUAUUAUGAAGAAGGAAAAAUAAUGUUUUACAUAAAGUUUACUUGACACAUAAACAAUCUCGAUACUCUAUAUAUGCAUUUGGUUUUGUACAUUUUUGGUGAUCAAAAAGUCUUGUUUAUGUCAUAAGUAUAUAUGUUGGAGGUAUAUCAAAGUCUAUUGUGCAAGUCUAUGAAUGGAUUUAUUUGUGUAGAGAGUCGAUAUGAAGUUAUGAUGAUUAUGAUUGUCUUUUGAUGACAAAUGAUUAUUUAAGUGUUGUAAUUCUAAUGGAUAGUUGUACCGUGCAGUUUUCCUUUAUACAGUCUUAACCAUUGUGCAUAAUUGUGUGCUAUCAAGAAGAAAUAAAAAAUUCAAAACUAACUUAAAGCUAAAAUGAUUAUAAAUGUAAACAUAAUAUUCAUUCACAAGAGGAUUGUUUCUCACUGGUAAAUUGGAUGCACAGAAUUGAAACCUUGUGAAUGAGCUAAGAUAUUUUGUAUCAUAGUAGGACAGUCUGCCUUUUUUAUUGGGCAGAUUUGUGAUUUUUAUGAUAAAGAGAAGAUUUGACUGUUUUCUUCCACAGGUGUCUUGUCAUUUUCCACUCAUUUUGCUCCCCAAAGUGAUUUUUUUUACUCUUUCCAUUUUGUAAAGUCCAAUUUAUUUGUUGAAAGAAAAUUAGAUGUCUCAAGGAUAGUAUCCAUUGUUAGAAUACAUUGUAGAAUAUCAAUCUUUUUCAGAGGUACAUAAGACAAAUACAUCUUUGACAAUUUAAAUAAACAUAAUUCAGUUUAUUGUAGUUUAAGGUUAAGCAGAAACAUCUCCAAAUCAUAAUACUGUCUUUUUAAUUCUUUAAUUCUCUUUGACCUCUUCAAUACUUGACACCUUAAACUAUUGGAACUUUACCAGUAGAGGUUUGUCGAAAUAAAAUGAAAAAAAAACACUCAGUGAUUAUGCACCAAGUGCACAGAGCACUAAAGACAGUCUGUCAAUACAAUGAAUUCUGAAUCCCAACUCUCUUUAUCAAGCAGGAUUUAUAGACAUAUAGUCUUCAAUUACUAUUUGGAGAUACAUUGUAGUUUGCCCACCACAGAUGUAAAUACCAGGCUUCAUUUUAUCUCAUUUCAUUAAGAAGGAAUUUUCUGGAGAAUUUCACCAUGAACACUGUCAUCAGUCUACUAUGCAUUGUAUGUAUUCUUUCCAUUUAUCUGCCAAAGGUUGUAGACUGCAGUAGUAUAUUCCAAGAGGGAUUUUCAGACAGAAGCUGGAUAAAAUUCUUGAUAUUUUAAAAGAUAUUUUAUGCACUGUAGUAAACACUUGCCUGGAUCUGCAGUGAGUAAUCUUGGAGCCUGAUUAGAAUAUGAACUUCAUACAUUAUGGAUCCCCUUGACAAGUUACCUGUUUUAAUUGCUAGGUCCAAGAUAUUAAACCAUCAGUCCUGUGGGUGGAUGCAUGCUAAUAAGUAAAGCAGACAUUAAAAACCAUGCAACCAAUUGUGGUUUCACAAUGAUUUUCCAGUGUUCAUUCAUACCAAGACUGAUGGCACCCCCGGGCACACCCACCCACAUGCAUACACAUUCAUGGUAGAAAUAAAGGAUAUGGUUUUCAGAAAAGUGUGUCACUAAACCAAGGACUUUUAUGCAUAUGAAUCUUAUACAGUGAGAAAUUGUGUGAUACUUAACUAUACACCUCCGGACAUCUUAAACAUUGUUGCCAAUCAUGGACUUUUUAACUAUAACCCUAUGAGCAUAAACACUAUAAUUUAGGACUGUUUGCGAUGGGUUGUGUGUCCUAUGUAAAAAUGUUAAGUUCUUCAUUUUCCAUUAUGGGUAAGUAAACACACACCUAAGUCAUAAUCAAGCUGCUCAUGAAAAUGUUUUGAACUUUACAUACGAUUGGAAUAUAAAGUGCCAAGUGACUCUGGUGGGCAACUCAAGAUUUAAACAUAUUCGUAGAUGAGGUGUGUAUUUUGGUCCUUCCCACUUAUGUUAUAUCACAAAUCUCUCAUUCUGGGUCCUUUCUUCAAUCAUGUUUUUUUUUUUUACAGUAGCCAAAAUUGUAAUAUACUACUGAUUAUUUAAUUCAAAAUAUCAUAACAUAUUACUUUUAGUGCAAUUAUAUUUUUAUAUAGUCUUUGGGAUCACAAAGGAACCUUAUAUUCCUUGAGUCAUCAUAAAGAUAUGACUUUGCAGGCAGAUUUUUGAAAAAAAAUCUACAGGAUGAAGUAAACUCAUUAAAAUCUGAAGAAUAGAUGCAUUUACGUAGAUUUAUAGGGUAGAAUAUCUAGGUUUUGCCUAAAUUUUCCUCUAAAACAUAUAGGCAAAUUGCUGUAUUAUAUUCUGGAGAAUUCAAUUUGAUUGAAAGUAUAGCUGCCCUCUUGAUUUUGAGUGAAGAAACAAUGUUUUUACAGAACAGUAUUUUGACGUAUUCAUGUGUUGACAAUGAAUUUUGAUGAUGAAUGUUUUAUAAUUUUGGCAAACACUUCCUCAUUUUGUAAAUAUGUAAACAAACUUAUGAAGGGCCUUUUUGCAGUAGUGUAUAUGGUGACUUUUAAUAGUGUUUUAUUCAUGAUGGAAAGGCUCUUUUUUGCAAUUUACAGGUCAAAUUAUGUCUCUCAUUGCUUGGUUUCACUAUCAUGGAACUGUAUACGAUGGCAAAGUUCAAUACAGCUUUAAGGCAGAUCAGAACUAUGCUGCUUUGAUUUUUUUAAUUCUUCAAAAUUGUUCACUUCCUUUUGUCAAAAGGAUAGUAGAUGCACAAUCCUAUGUGUUCACAUUAUAAGAAUUAUCACUGUAUAAAAUAUUAUAUAAACCACUUUAAUUUGAUAAAUUGAGAUAAAACAAAUACAUAUGCCAAUUCUGAAUGAGUAAAUGCCAUAUAUUGAAAAUAUAUUUUGUGACAAUAAUUUAAUCAAGGUAUAUUUGUUAAUUUCCCAAAUUUUUAGUGCAUACUACAAAAAUGGGUAAGCAUACUUGAAUGUAGAAGGUCCUCAAACAGGUUAUUUAAUUUCAUAAGUACCGUUUAUUGGUCUAUAAAUAAGACCAAUGUUCAUUUUCAAAAAUAAAGAUUUUGCAUUAGUAAUGCUGUUAUCUUGCAAACUAAUACUGCUACUAUAUCAGGUCUCCUGAUCUGGCUCUGAUUCCAGCGACAUAUGUAGUUAUUUCAAUUGACUUUUCAUCUGUGUAAAAGUUCUUAAUGUUGGUUCACAUUGUACAGUAUCCAGAGCAUUGAUGCACCUCACAAGUAUGCAUGUUGUCCAAGCACAUCGAGAACCAGAAGUCAUUAAUUCACUUAUCAUAGCUUCAAUGACCUUUUAGAUCUUAGCAGACAGUGUGAGGCAAUCUUUUUAUCUCUAUAUGUUUUCAUCUUCCUACAAAAAUUGAUUAUAUUUACCAAGUGAUUACAUUUAUGAUUUAAUUUCAUUGACUUGAGUAUAAUUGGUACUUUGAAGUUUUGAAACUAUAAAUGUGCGGGUAACUUGUGUGAGAUUGAAAAUUUAUAUAUAUAUAUUUAUUCUUUUUUUCUUCAAUUUAUAAUGAUAGUGAUUUUUUUUUCACGGGUAAGUUAGGUUUGAUGUUUUGAAAUUUUUACAAUCAAAGUAUAUCAAUUCUAAUUUAAUCAAAUGUAACUCCUGCCAUCAAUAAAUUAUAGUUUAUGCAAAAAAGAACAAUAUUACAUGUACAAAGUAGAAUAAUGUAAUACUUGGUACCCUUCUACCCUCAAAUAAACAACCUUAAAAAUAAACCAAUCAUGAAUUGUUUUCAAUCGUGUUCACUCUUUAAAGUGGUAAUCAGGGAUGAACAUAUAUGAUUUGAUCAGAUAGAGGAAUAUGAGAUGAACAAAACACUGAAAAUUUGAUCAAAAUCAGACAUUGAAUAACUAAGUUAUAACAUUUUAAAGAUUUGCAUUUUUUAGGUGAUAUAGUUUGAUGUGUCUUCAUGAAUAUUCAUUGAGCAAACUGAUGUCAUAUCCCCACUUGCUCUUUUGUAUUUUAUUACAAAAAAAUAUGUUAUUCCAAUUCUGUCCUCCAAGAACUAAAAAAUGGAUUGUAAUCUGAUUGAAUGUAUUAGAUAUUAAUUGCUGAAUCUUAUCUUAUCAGGAAAACAUAUCAUUUAAAUAUGACAUCUAUGAAAAAAGGGGGAAAUAUAUUUCAUGUAUUAAUAACACAAGAAAAGCAAAGUAGGGAUGUGACAUCAGCCCAUCUAAUGGAUAUUCAUGAUAUCAUUAUAUAAGUGGUUGUAGAAAAUAUUGCUAAUCUUUAAAAUACAAUAACUUUGUUACUUGGUAUCAGAUUCUGAUGAAAUUUUCAGCAUGUUGCUCAGUGAAUUAUACUAUAGGAUUUAUGUAGACCUUUAAUAUUCAUUAAAUCAAUUUCUUCUUACACAUGAACUGUUUCUGCAAUCACUCACAUGUUAUCCUUUUGUUUGUCAUUUUUGUCAUUAUGCCAUGGGAAGGAUAAUUUCCCCUCUAUUAUCAAAGUUCAAUAUUGAUGAUUUGAAGUACUUCUUCUAUCUAAGUUAUUGCUUGAUUUUCACUGCAUUUCUUUUUUCUUUGUGAUUGGUUCACAAAUGAGUACAUAUUGUAUAUGUAAAGUGAUCAAAAUUAAAUAAAAACAAUUGA